AUGAAGCACAUCAACUGCAACAACGCCAAGGAGAAGCCAGAACUAAACUUGAUGAUGAUCCGCGCCCUACCACCUGAAAUUCUUAUUGACAUCCUUUCAAGAUUGCCCGUAAAUUCGAUUUGUUGCAUGAGAUGUGUAUCUAAGGCCCUGUUAAAGAUGGUUGAUGACCUCUCUUUUUCCACAUUGCACAUGCGGCGUCGUUUUCUAACUACCUGUUCUACUCCUCAACUUGUUGUUCUUAAUGAGUCUUCCUAUGAUAAAUAUGACAUGUUGUAUCCAGUGACGUACGACGGCCACUACUUAUUGACAAAGAGUAAAGACGCAAUUGUUUCCUAUUUCGGAUCCGAACGGCGUUUUUAUUCGUUUGCUUUUGUUUUCUGCAACUUGUUUGGCUUUACUGGUCUUAAUCCGAAGAGUGGAAGGUCUUCGAACCAUGGAAGGUCAUGCUUGUUGGUGAAUCCUUUCAAGGGAGAAGUUCUAAUGCUCCCAUCUGCAAGUGACGUCCAAGUUCCAGCCAAUUGUCUUUGCACUGUUGAUUGGUACAGCAUGGGAUUUGAUAAUAUAACCAACAGCUUCAAGAUUGUACGUGUUUCCACCAAUAAAAAAGACUACUUGGCCGCCGAAGUUCUUGUAUUGGGGAAGAGCUCAUGGCGGGAGUUGCCCACGGUUCCUCCUUGCUUUCCAACCUACAAGUCCGUUUAUGCACAUGGAGACAUGCAUUGGUUGGUCUAUGGAGAUUACGCGUCCUCUGCACGUUCGACUUUAAAAAAGAAGAGUUCUAUUUGA